GAAACUGUUAAAAUGGAUGCAGGUACUAAUGAAGUUGAAAGUAAGACAGAGGAGAAAGAAAAUGUUACAACAGCAAAUGAUCAUCCACAAACGGUUGAUUCUGAUGUUCCACAGAAAACUCAGCUUGGAGAAAGACUAUCUGAGAGUCUUCCCAAAUUAGAGACACAAAUCAGUAAUGUAUCUUGCUCAGACACCCCAGAAGACAAGAAUGGAUCAGAAUUAUCAGAAAAGGAAGACGAGACAGAUGGAGGAGGAGGAGGACGUGAAGGAAAACUGUCCAGUGUGGAACCUCCAGCCGUGGUGGAAGCCACUUAUAUCAUAGGUGAGAACAGUGGAAAGGAGAAUAAAGAUCAGUUGCCUGCUGAGGAAGUAGGUCUGGAGAAUGUUGUGGAAGCCAAAAUAUCGGACAGAAGACAGUCUCUGCAGUGCACAGAACAAGUGACGAAGGAUAAACCCAAUGAAAGCAGAAAUUCAGACAAGACUUUCAGCAGCAGCGAUCAAAACUCUGCAUCCUCAGCUGAAGAAAGCACUGCUGAUAAUCAGGAGGCAGUUGAGAUUAAAGAUGAGAGUGCAGAAAGAGACUCUGGUGAAAGGGUGCAGAAAGAAGACAGAUCUCAGGAGGAAAGUGGAACAGAGAAAAGUGAUGAUGGAGGACGUGAACCCAGUCUGCAGUCUCUGCUUUCAGAAGACAAAGUCUCAGGGAGUUCAGAAUCUGACCACACUGUUGACCUGCCUAAGUUGUCAGUGAUGACAAAGAAGUCGGAGGAUUUCCAGGAACAUGUGGAGGAACACAAGACUGCUGAGGAAGUGAAGUGUAACAGUCGUCAAGAAGAAAGUGAAAAACAGUCUGUCACAGGCAGCGGCUGCUCCCUGUCAGAGAGCGAGGAGGAGGUCAAAGAGGAGAGCUGCAGCGAGGACAAACAAACUGAUAUUGUGGAGGAGCAACAACAACACCCAAAGCCAGGACCGACUCCAAAGAAGGCUGCUCAGAGGGGAAGGCCCUCAAAGAUAGCAGCUGCAGAUGAUUCAGUCUCAGUUAAUCAGGAGAAUAAUGGAGUGGAGAGCACCAAAAAAUCUUCAUUUGGGGAAAGUGCGGAGAAAGAAAAGCAGAGAAGUGAAGAGGAAAGUGGAACAGAGGAAAAAUGUGGUGGAGGAAGUCAGAGCAGUCUGCAGUCUGUCCUCUCAGAGGGCUGUGACAUCACAAGGACCUCAGAAUCUCAAGACAUUACUGACAGAUAUAAGGAUAAAAAUGAGAAUAAAGGUGAAAAGAGCCCUGAGAAAUCCUCAUUAGGGGAAACUGCGGCGAAAGAAGAGAGAAGUGAAGAGGAAAUUGAAGUGAAGGGAAAAGGAGGUGGAGGACAUCAGAGCAGUCUGCAGUCUGUCCUUUCAGAGGACAGCGAAGUCGCAGGGAGCUCCGAAUCUAAAGACGUCACUGACACACUUCCAGUCAAAACCUCAUUGAAUAGGAAGAGGUCUGAGGAUGUCGAGGAAUCUGUGGAAGAAACCUCUGCUGAAGAGGAGGUGAAGGAGGACCGAGAUCAGCUUCAGAGUCAAGGGGAGGUGAAAGAGGAAAGCUGCAGUGAGAACAAGCAAAAUGAUCAGUCUCUGGAGGAGCAACAACAAGAUGACCCACAGCCGGCUCCAAGGAGAGCUGCUCGGAGGGGAAGGCCGUCAAAAAAAGCUGCCACAGAGGAUUCAGAUAAUAAGGAUAAAAAUGAGAAUAAAGGUGAAAAGAGCACUGAGAAAUCCUCAUUAGGGGAAACUGCGGUGAAAGAAGAGAGACGUGAAGAGGAAAUUGAAGUGGAGGGAAAAGGAGGUGGAGGACAUCAGAACAGUCUGCAGUCUGUCCUUUCAGAGGACAGCGAAGUCGCAGGGAGCUCCGAAUCUAAAGACGUCACUGACACACUUCCAGUCAAAACCUCAUUGAAGAGGAAGAGGUCUGAGGAUGUCGAGGAAUCUGCAGAAGAAACCUCUGCUGAAGAGGAGGUGAGGGAGGACCGAGAUCAGCUUCAGAGUCAAGAGGAGGUGAAAGAGGAAAGCUGCAGUGAGAACAAGCAAAAUGAUCAGUCUCUGGAGGAGCAACAACAAGAUGACCCACAGCCGGCUCCAAGGAGAGCUGCUCGGAGGGGAAGGCCAUCAAAAAAAGCUGCCACAGAUGAUUCAGAUAAUCAGGAUGAAAAUGAGAAUAAAGGUGAAAAGAUCAUUGAAAAAUCCUCUUUUGGGGAAACUGUGGAAAAAGAAGAGCAGAGAAGCAAAGAGGAAAGUGCAGCGAAGGAAAAAGGUGGCGGAGGAUGUCAGAGGAGUCUGCAGUCUGUCCUUUCAGAGGACAGUGAAGUUGCAGGGAGCUCAGAUUCUAAAGACGGCACUGACACACUCAAAGUCUCAUUGAAGAGGAAGCGGUCAGAGGAUGCCGAGGAAUCUGCAGAAGAAAUCACUGCUGAAGAGGAGGCGGAGGAGGACGGAGGUCAGCAUCAAAGUCAAGAGGAGGUCAAAGAGGAGAGCUGCAGUGAGAAGAAACUAGAUCUACCUGUGGAGGAGCAACACAAGGAUGAUUCAGAACUGGCUCCAAAGAGACCUGCUCGGAGAGGAAGGCCGUCAAAAACAGGAGCUACAGAGGACUCAGGUAAUUGGGAUAGCAGUGACAAGAAAUGUGGGGAGAGCACUGAAAAAAUGGAAAUGACAGAGAAGGAAGAGAAAAGUGAAAAGGAAAAAGGUGGUGGAGGACAUCAGAGCCGUUUGCAGUCUGUCCUCUCAGAGGACAGUGAGGUCGCAGGGAGCCCCGAAUCUAAAGAUGUCGCUGACACAAUUUCCACUCCAGUCGAAGCCUCAGUGAAGAAGAAGCAGUCAGAGGACACAGAGGAAUCUGUGGAAGAAACCUUGGCUGAAAAGGAAGCGAAAGAGGACAGAGAUCAGCUUCAGAGCCCAGAGGAGGUCAGAGAGGAGAGCUGCAGUGAGAAGAAACUAGAUGAUACUGUUGAGGAGCAAGAAGAUGAACUAACACCAAAGAAACCUGCCCGGAGGGGAAGGCCCCCAAAAGUGGCAGCAACAGAGGAAAUGGAUAAAAAGGACAAAAUGAGUGAAGAGAAAGACGGCCAGCAGAAAGAUGAGGAAGAGGAUGGUGAUGAGGAGGAAACUGCGAGCAGAGCUACAACACGCUCAGCGUCUCGUCUGGAGGCUGAGAGAAACAAGCCAAGUAAACCAUCCACCCGGGCAAGUCGACAGAACGGCAAAGAGGAGACCGCAGCUGGCACACGUGGGACGAGGGGCCGUAAGCGGGAAGCCAGCCCCCCUGCAGUCCGAACACGGGGAGGACAGAAACCAGAGGAGCCCCCUUCCAAAAGAGCUAAACGCUAAAAUCUUUGACAGCACUCCACCGAUUUGCCCUGAGCAGCAAUUUUUAUUUGUGUUAGAGCACCCCACAGUUUUGUUUUCUGUCAGACAGCGCCCUCACUGAGAUCAUGCACACAACUACCCGGGCUUAAUAGCAAUACUAAAAAUGCCACAGAGUAUUACGCCCUCUCUUCUCACGGCUGCAUUUAAACCCGAGGAUCUACACCCAUAUGGUUUGGAUCAGGCGGCGUGAGUUCUCAAAGGCCCGAUGUGCGGCCGAGUCGCGCUUUGAGAUAAAGUGAAAUUAGCCGAGAGUCAGAGACCAGAUUGAGUCUCACCAUCUGCUGCGACUCAGUCUUUAAAAAGUUUGUACACAGAACUCUUGGUGAGGCUUCUGGCUGUCACUGUGGUGUAUUAUGCAAUAUUCAUUCUGUGAAUG